GCACAUCAAAGCCACGCGUUCGCAAAGCCCGAUCGCGUCUGUGAUGUGCAAGAGGAUGCCACGCAGGGGGUCGUGUUGUGUCUGCAGAACUCGGCUGCGUGCUUCGGACACAGCGUGCGGGAUGGAUUUUACCAGCGGUAAUGUUUCUGAGAUCAUCACGUUUUUCUCGGAGCAGUUAUGGCCUGAUGCACUGACUGACAGCAACAACAACGGGUCGGCACAGCGCUCCAGCACGGUGCACCAUGUUCCAUACACGAUCAACUCGAAGACAAAGUGCCGCCGGAAGCGCACAAUAUUCAGCAAGGCGCAGCUGAGCCAGCUGGAGAGGGCCUUCUCUGCUACACCCUACCCGGAUAUCAAUGGAAGGAAAACCCUGGCCACUCUAACUGGACUACCGGAGUCUAAAAUUCAGGUUUGGUUUCAAAAUCGGCGCGCACGCUUCUUCAAGACUAAGAAAUCAACUCGAGGAGCCACCAAACCUUCACAGGUCAGUCACAAGACACCGUGCACUCCUCAGGUGGCUUCUCCGCCACCUCCUAGUCCCAGCCUUGCGUCUCCAACAGACUACUGGGUGCCCAGUCUACCUCAGUCCACCAGGCUCUCGUCAAUCCUGGACAUCCAGACCAAGUCACCAGACGUUCCCCAAAUCUUUUGCCACCAAUCCCAGGACUUCACCAGCUACUGCCAAGACGUGUUUCCAUACGAAGGGCUGGAUGAGUUGGAUUUACCAGAGGACUUUGAAGCUUUUCUCAAUGCACGGGGGGUACAGCCAGCAGAACGUGGCCAUCCUGUCCACAAGGAAGACAUCCAGAGUCGGCAAGGCCUCCAGGCUCUCUCCAGCUCUAUAGAGACCCUGGCCGACCUGUCGGAUCUGUGCUUCCAGGACCUGAUGGUCCCCAGUCUGCCCAGCUUGGACAGCUCAAUGAUUGACUAUCUUUUGGCAUAACUGAGAGCAACAUAUUGAAGACCACGACAUGAAUGGGUCCACGUCCAACAACACGUCCGUUUGUGUAACAGCUACGAGCCAGCCUGCAGCAGGAUGUCUGCUACAUCAGUGUAUCCGUUUUCACACCCAUACGUCCACGCUGUGUCGCCAGUUGCCGUGGUGGCCUCCACUAGUGCACCCAUUCAGUGAUGUCGCGGUCUUUCAAAGUGUUGCGCUAACAUUUUUUUUUUUUUUUUUUUUUUUUUGGACAAAGGUGCCGAGUCUACCUUGGGGAGGUGGUAACUGUGACUUGUGCUAUUCGUUAUCUAUUUAAGAAACACCAGUAUGAUGCACAUCAGAUGAUUUCACAUGUCCUUUUUGCACAUAGUUUGUUUAUAUUUUGGAUGGGGUUGCAAAGAUAACGUUUAGCACUUGAGUCAAAGCUGUCCUUGCUGAGUGGGCUUCAGCGGAGUCCCGGGAAAAAAGUAAAUGAGACGCACUUGUUUCCAACUGAAACUCGGUACCAGAGUUUUGUUACAAGGUAUGCCAACUAUUGUGACGGGGAAAUGGGACACGAAUGACCAGAUCGCCUUUUUCGGGGGGGGGGGGGUAUAUUUCACGAUUUUCAUGGCAGGCCGUGGAGAUCUCUAAUGUAAAUAAAAUGCAUAUUACUAUUAACAAUGUUAUGUACAUAACGUACUUUUUACUAAUAAAUGUAUCCUG